CACAACUAUCUUCUUCUUCUUCUUCUUCUUCUGCUGCUGCAACUUCUUUUCAGUAUCAGAAGCCAUGGCUGCUGGUUCUUUCUCUGGCUUGAAAUUAAGCCUUUGGCUAAUUUCAGUGUUAGUUAGGAUGGUGUCAGCACAAUUAACAUCUGAUUUUUAUGCAACUUCAUGUCCUAAUGCGUCUGCUACCAUUAAGGCUGCAAUAGACUCUGCUGUCAACAGCGAGAAACGCAUGGGAGCGUCCUUGCUCCGUCUUCAUUUUCAUGAUUGCUUUGUUCAAGGAUGCGAUGCAUCAGUAUUAUUAGACGACACGUCGAGCUUCACUGGUGAAAAGACUGCUUUUCCAAACGUUAAUUCGCUUCGAGGUUUUGAUGUCAUCGACACUGUCAAAACUCAACUUGAAGCAAUCUGCCCUGGUGUUGUCUCUUGUGCCGAUAUUCUUGCUGUUGCUGCUCGAGACUCUGUUGUUGCUCUCGGAGGACCUAGUUGGGAUGUGGUGUUGGGAAGAAGAGAUUCAACAACAGCCAGCUUAAGUGAUGCAAAUUCAGACUUGCCUGGUCCCACCUCAGAUCUUAGCAACCUUACCACUGCUUUCUCCAACAAGGGCUUCACCACCAGAGAAAUGGUUGCUCUCUCAGGAUCUCACACGAUAGGACAAGCAAGAUGUGUAUCCUUCAGAACAAGGAUAUACAACGAAAGCAAUAUCAACUCGACAUUUGCAACAUCGUUGCAAGCGAACUGUCCGAGCACAGGUGGUGAUGAUAAUCUGGCAGCUCUAGACACCACCUCACAGGACACCUUCGACAAUGCCUACUUCACCAACCUGUUGACACAAAGGGGUCUCUUGCACUCAGACCAACAGCUCUUCAAUGGCGGAUCCACUGACUCUCAGGUCACUGAUUACAGCAACAAUCCUGACACCUUCAACACGGACUUUGCCAAUGCCAUGGUUAAGAUGGGCAACCUUAGCCCACUCACUGGUUCCAAUGGUCAGAUUAGAGCUAGUUGUCGAUCUGUUAAUUCUUCAUGAGUUUCUCUAAACUAUAAUCUCGUACUUAAUUAUCAAACCUACAAGGAGGUUUUAUCUUAUGCGUAUAAGGUCUGUAAGUCAACAAUAUUACAUAUGCUUAUGAUAUUCCUGUAUUUGGGUUCAUGUAUGUGUUGAAUGAAGUCAUGUAAUCUGCACUUGAGUUGCGAAAUGUCAUCACUUGUGCGUAUACUAUAUAUAUGAUGCUCCUGGGAACGUAAUUGUCCUUUU